AAAUAAUAACUAAGUAUUUUAUAUUUUAUUUUUUAAUGUUUACUAUAUGUAUAUAAAAUAGCAAUUUUCAACAGAUUUCAAUAUAAGUUUAUAUGUACCAUCACAUUUCAUUGUAUUUUACUAUACUCAAAUAUUAUAAGACGAAUUCCUUAAAGAUAACAGUGAACACUUUUUUUUAGAAUUUAGAAUUUAUUGUAAGCCCUUUUGUUAUCUUCUUCAGCGUCAACUUUAGAUAAACUUGCCAUUGAUUUCUAGUGAAUUUCUAAACCUAGAAAUGAAGUCAAGAUCAAAAUUGAUCCGGACUGGUCUAUAUAAACUCGCACACAAACCGUAUCGAUAAAUAUUUUUACUUUUUAGAUUAAUACAAACUUUUUUAUAUUCGUUCGAACUUUGAUCUUUAUGUAUAUGUGAAUUAGUGUAUGUUUGGCAAUUAUUUUUACCACGCGAAAGGGUCAAUUUUGAUCUUGAAUGUAGAUAAACCAAUGUAAAUAACUUACCACCGCUUUUCAACCCAACGUAUUAUUAAUUCAACAAGAACGAAUAUCCUUAAUGGUAAAAUAAAAAAAAUUGUAAUAUUUUGAAUUAAGAAAAUUAUUUUAAAGCUGGACUUCCGUGAGUUUGAGAUUUAGUCAAACAUUUACCAACUCAGUUUUUAGGUACAAAAUUACUUGUAAACAAAUUUUUCAAUGCAGUGCAUCUAAAAUUAAUUUAGUUAUAGAUUUAUAUAUGUGUAUUUUGAACACUUUGAAAACAUGACAAGAAAAUAUUACGCUCCUUUCGUACUUAUUAUUUUAAUAAUUAAUAAUCAAUGUAUGUUUCUUUCUUACACGUCCGUAAAAAUGUUCGUACAAUUAUAUUUAGAUCAAAUAUAUUUUAUAUAAUAAAUUUUAGCAGAGUUAGAAAACAUCAAUUUAAUAAUUUAAUUUAAAUAUUUAACUUUCAGUACAACUUAUUUUAAGCCGAGUAAGAAAAUAUAAAUUCACAUUAAGCAACAUUGAGACGUUUAAACUUUGAAUAUUUAAUUUCUUAGACGUUCAAAGUACCACUUACGCAAAAUGAUUACACGCACUAUUUUGUAUACCUCUUUUUUUUUAAAUCGUAUAUGUUUAUGUGUUUUCUUAUAUUUAUAAAGGUUAAUAUUUAUAUCGACAAGAUAUAUCUGUUAAGGCAACUUCAAGCAUAAAUAUGUAGCUUAGCCGUAAGCUUCUGAAACUGAUAAGAUUGAUUUUUUUCUAUAAUGUUCAUAAAUAUUUUAAAGUUAGAAAAUGAAUUUGUUAGUUUUAAUUACUGCGAUACCAAACCGCUUACCUUCUUAUAUUUAUCUGGGCAAACUAAAAGCAAACUACUCUACCUUGUUCUAUGGAGAACGCAAAUCUGUAUUACCUACAACUAUUCAUCAUAUACCUGAGCAUAUCAACGCAAUCGCAACACUAUUUAGCAGUUAUAAAAUCUCGAAACCGCCACCGGCUAGUGGCGCCGCCGUACGCAAUAGUGGCAGCAACACCACACAAUUAAACAAGCCCAAAUAUAAAGCUGGGCCAAAGUCUAUGCAUAUGUCGCGUAAAACGUCUGCAAUGUCGGAAACGAGUAAAUAUUCUAUGAACUCUCCACGGUCUGUCUGCAAUUCGCAAUCACCAAACAAAUCACCGCGUAGUCACUCUACAUCACCGGCCAGUUUGCGUGCCAGUAGUCCCGUUAUUAUUUCACCCGAGGCAGCAGCUGAUCCCAAGUUAAAUAAGAAAUGCGUUGUGCUAAUGAAAGAAAAUGAGGAAGUCAUCAAUUAUAAGAGACAACAGGUCGCCUUCUUUAAUGAAUUGUUGGAGAAACAAAGAGAAAUGCAACGGCAGCGCGCACUAAAACGACAAGAGUUCCAAAAUAUCUUGAAGCAAAAACGUAAAGAGGGUAAACGGUUAAAGGCGGAAAUCUCACAAAUUAAAAAGCAGCAAGCCGCAGCGCAUGAACAGGUUUUAGACACACAGUUACAUCAACCACAACAAUCGCCUACUAUUUUAAAUCGCAAACGCUUACUGGUUAAAGAAAGAAAUGUAACAUUCAAAACCAACACAAAAGUCCGAAACCGUUCUACGACGCCCAAUCGCUCAAAUGAUGAAGAGACGUCUGCUAAGGACAUAGAUACAACAAGUGCUGCUAUAAUGCAAUCGGUAAUUGGCGACACUUUUGAAUUGGCGGCUGAAGCUAUGCCUUUAAGCGAUAAAGCGAAUAGGACCUCUGUCGCGUCGAAAAAUAUAAAGUCUGCACCAGUGUUGGACAAAAAAUCUACAACUUCAAUUCGUUCGACAACCGGAGUGGCAAAUGCAGAGCCAAAUACAUUAACGAACACGCCAAAAAGCAGAGUGCCGAGUACAUCGCCACGAAGUAAAGCAAUAAAAACUAAUAUAGCGGCAAUAUCAACACAAACUAAAGAAAGCAUGCCAAAAGUUGAAGAAUUAACAGGCAUGGAAAUACCGGGAGCAGAAGUACCAACGACCAGUAAGACGAGUUUCAAAGAAAAACCGAAAAUACCGGCCCUACUAGCAUUAGCAACAACACCACCGUAUACACGUUGUGCUAGAUCAAUGACACCCACACAUGGAGUUUAUAAUACGACGAAGCAGCCCGAAUUGCAUACCGAACGAACUACAGAUAAUUUGUUAGUUAAUUGUACAUCACCGUCAUCUACCCCCACAUCAUCUAAAACGCGAUUACAACGCGCGCCAUCAUUAUCACCGUCAAUAUUCAUGAAUCGCAAUCGUGUGGAGGUGCGACGUAGUAUGCAAGAUCCCACUAGUAACACAGACUUCUCUGCAAACGGCACCUCUUGGUUGUUGAAUGUAUCGCCGCGAAUAUUAAAAGUUCGGCUGAAACGUUUACAGCAUUCAAGUACGAAUUCCACAUCAAAGAAAUCACCUGAAAAGGAAACCAACGAUAAAAUUUCAAUGCCAGCUUCUGCCAGGCCAACUCUCUUAAAGGAACGUGUGGCAAACGCAACUCAUACUGUUGCUAACGCGUUCAUUAAAAAUACAGGCACGGCAACAACAGAAUCUCAAAUUAAAAAUAAUAAGCAAGAGCGAGUGCAAUUAUUGAAACAAAAACUCAAAAAAGAGUUGUACGAAAUGGAUGAAUCAUUUGUACGACCUGUCAAUACAAAAGAUGAAAACAUACAUCUGGAGUCAACUAAAGAUAUAGCAUAUAGUCAAUCAACGCAAACAGCGGAAGGGCGCAUUAGCAAAGGAGCACGGCGAAAGCAUACAAAAAAAGCGCAACAAAGCAACAAAAAAUUAAAGCUUUUAAAAGUCACCAUCGAAAAGCAUGCAAAUAAAGUGCAAUCCGAUUUGCGGACUAACGAAAGCCCAUGUAAUACUGUUGAUUGUGACAGUAAAAAUGCGAAGUCAGCGAAGGCAGAUGUUGAAGACGGCUUACAAUGUGAUAGGACUGAAGAAACGAGAGAAGCUAUUGAUAACACUGAGCUUUGUCAUAAAGGUAGCGAACCACCUAUUGAGUUUAACGAACUUGUCGCAGAAAAAACGAGUGUGCUUCAUAGUGAAAACACUGCAAAACAACAACAGUUCUCCCCAGAGCCUUCGAGGAAUGAUAAACACGCGAGUAAAGAUGUCAAAAUUAUAAAUGAGCAUAAAGAACCCACCUCAAAUAAUUCCAUGAACGUUGAUUGCGACAAUGUUCACAAUAAAAAACACAAAAGAACUCAUAAACAUGGUGCGAUCGUUACGCAAGUUGUAGACGUUACACCUGGCCGUCACGUGACGGAUAAUCUUUUGGGCGAUUUAUUGAUGGUCGCAGCUGCAAACCAAUCAACGGUGUUAAAUGCUAAUAACGUCUUGAACACUACACCUAAUUUAGCUAUGCCUGCUGCGGAGUUACCAAUGCUCGGAAAAGUUGUGGAACCCAGUGCAAAGCGAACUGUCGAUCCCGCUGCGUUCAACAAGUCAAAUAAUUUAAUGCCUGAAGGUAUUAGUGACAAAACGCAUAUUGAGAUAUCCGAGGAAAUGGCGGUUGCCGUUUCGGGUCUCACAAUGUUGGCGAAUAGACCGAUAACAACCGCAAACACCGAAACCUUAAAAAACGCGCCUGAAUUCCGAAGUGAAAAUGUGGACAUAAUCUUGCCAAAGAAAACAUCCAACGAAUCCAUUUCCUCUGAAUUGCAAUGUAUAGCUGAGCCAACGAUUGCGAUUGGCUUGAUUAGCGAUACUCAAGGCCAUGCAAUGACGUCAGUCGACGCGUAUUCUGCCAUUGAUGAACCAAAAAAAAGAGUAGUUGAAACUUCUAAUGACAUUAUUGCAAGACCAAAUGAUACAGCUGGCGCAUCAGGUGGUGAGGAAUCGAGCAGUGAUUGUUUGUUAUUGCAAUUGUCAAAGCGUGUACAUAAAAUGUCCGAUUUGGAAAGUAUUGUCGAUGCCACCACUGUACAUGUCAUUAAGGAUGCCACAAUGACGCUGAUGAGUUUCGAAGCCACGCCAACUUUGCCAGCUUACUUGCUUAAUGGUGAAAGUCGUGAUGUGCCCACACCACCAGCAAUAUCAACACCAGCGCCGACUCCUGCACCCACACCCACUGCCGAUUUAGCACCGGAGGCUGAGCAACCGAAGUCUGCACCGGCAUCGCAACCAAUACCACCAUUGCCAGAAAUAAUGAUAAAAGAGAACGUGCACGACCCAUCGCCAAUAGAUCCUAUAAUAAAGGAAGAGUUAACUAAACCAAACGACUUAACAGAAGCAACGGUUUCAGUUAAAGUAUCACAACCAGCGCAGAAAAAUCUGAUCUCUUUAGCAGAUGCACCUUUACAAGCUCAGCAAGAGCCUAUUGCAAUUGGUGAAGGUUUGGCUAAUAAUCUCUUGUCACCACCGCAAGAGCAACAGCUUGAGGCAGAAGUAAAUUCGCCGGCACCGGCAAGUGCAAUAUCGACCUCCGAUCAUGAAGUAUCUUCAACCCAAGAGAUCGUUUACACGCCAACAAAACGUUCUAAUGCCAAUACUCUCAGUGCCACCGCCGGUAUGUCAAUACCAACACCCAACGAAGAAGAGGCAGCAAUGUGGGUGCAAAAUAGUCAAAUAGACACAACACAUCACCUGACAAAAAGUUCAUAUUACAUGCGCAAGCGUGCGCGCAAAUUUUCCGAUGAAUUUACUCUGCCUGAAAAUAAAAAUGAAAAUUCUGCUAAAGACAUAAUAAAACAAAGACGUAAAACGUUUUCCUCUGAAUCAUCUCCAGCUGUACAAUUUCCAUCGAAUAUUACUUCAUUUACUAAAAAUAUUAAAGAACUUACGAAUAGCAGUGCAACGGCUGGCCCCGGUAGCGGUAUAAAUAAUGGAAGCCAAAACAGUGGUGGUAGCUCACCAUCUACCACUACUGAGCCAGUGACUAAGCCGGCCCCACCACGUAGACGCAAUCACAUACAAAAACGCAACAAUUCACAAUCACCGCUAACAGAGCGUAGUCGCGCCGGUGGCAGUGUUGGUGAAUUGAAUGGCAGUUUUGUAUAUAGUUGUAGCCGUUUACAACCAACUAACGUGGAUAUGGCUGAUGUGGAACGUUGUGUCGUACUGCCAGCGAGCGCUGUUGUACCACCGGUGAAUUUGGGCAACAUUUCGCGUACGUAUUCGAAAAAUAACAUGUCUCAGAUUAAAGUGUUCGUACCACCUGAUGUGGAAAUGUGUUUGGAAAACGAAGAUUCGGAAAAAGACGCCUUUAUAGCGACCACCACAAGUAAACGUGGUCGCCCAAAAGGCAGUGUCAAAAAUCGUAGUCGUAAGGAACCAAAACCCGAAUCAGCUGAAAAAGUGAAGGCGAAAAAGGCCGCUACAAACUUAACUAAAACGAAAACUGUGCAAUCUUCGAAGAAGCGCGAUAAUGCUGAUAGUCGUCCCAAGCUAGUGGAUUGCUCUUCAAAAUCAACAAUAACAAAGUCACCAACGCGUUCGAAGCACGUAGAGCGUGCACCCAAUCGUAAACGAAAAUAGCAUAAUAUUUCAAAUACACGUACACAUUGCACCCCUGAUGACGGUGAUAAUUAUGAUAGUGAUUAUGUUGUGAAAAAUUGUGGAAAAAUGUCGCCGAGCUUAACUUGGCAUUUCUCGGAAUAUGAACGUUUGCACACAUUGCGACCACGUUUGAAGGAACAAUUGCAGCGCAUGAUUCUAACUGACGACCUCUCACCGAAUGAGGACGAAAUUGUGGAAGGCGAGCGGUUAAAUGUGCUUGAUAUUGCUCAUGGUAAUGAUAUUGUUGACCCGAAAUGGAAUGUGCCCGAAAUGCAACCAAUUGUUUUGGUGCAACGCAUUAGCUGCAGAAAGGGUGUAAACAGUAAUUAGUUGUUUAGUAAAGUUGGUUUUGUUUUCGUAACGUUUUAUCUGAAAUGUGAAUGUGUUGUAAAACUUUAUUGCGGGCGUGUCAAUUGAAUAAAUGUUACACACGUUCCAACGUUUUGUUAAUUUAAUUAGUCAUUAAUUAUUUGUAUAAUUUCAUAUGUAUAUGUAUACGUAAAAUCAAAAAUACAAACAAAUUGUAGAAUAUAAAAAAUACUGCCAGAGAGAAAAUAAACAUAUGCACCCAAAAUAAUAAUAAAACCGUCAUACAUACUAAAUGCAUAAAUAUAGCAUAAAUGUGAAAAAUAAUUGCAAUGAAGGAAGUGUGGAAAUAUGUAAUAAAGUUUGAAGGAAAACAUUAUAUGGCUUUAGAAAAUGCAUAUUUCAUGUGAAUUGUAAAUAGUAUGGAAAAUAUUCAUAAAAAACAGACCAAUAUACAAAUAUAUGUAAAUAUAUGUAUGUAUAGGUUUUUCCUUAAAUUUCAUUGAUUUCAAUAAAGCUACUUAUUGUGCAAAUUACAACUAGUUUCUGUUUAAAACCACAAACAACAUGGCGUAAACACCAACUGUACAUAUGUUACAGUAAUGUAACGGAAUAUAAAAUGAAAACUUAAUAUAUAUGUAUAACAAAAUAUAUUUUUAUUAUAUAAAAAAAAUAUAUAUAAAAAAUUUAAAAAUAUAUAUAUAACAAAAUGUAUGAUUAAUAAUUUUAAUUUUCAAAUAAUAAAAAUAUAUAAAUAUAAUUUUUUUUUUUGCUGAAAAAUAAAUUUCGAAUACAUAUUUUCUUUAACUGUACAGUAAUUUCACAUCCUUUUCUUAUUAUGAUUUUAUGAUACAAACAAAUAUAAUAUUUGAAAUAAAUAUAACGAACAAGUAUUUGAAGUAAUGUAGACAUUUUUUCGAACAAAAUAAAUUAUUGGCAGCAAACUCGUUAAAGUUUAGGUGUAUUUUUAUAUAAAUAUAUGUAUAUUUAUGUAUUGAAAUUAAUAUAUGUAUAUAAUAUUUGUUUCUAUAAAAGCAUUUCCUUAAAUGUUACGAACAACAAUGCCUUUAGACGUGACUAUUGCUCUCCAACAUGGUUAUUGUUUCUAAACAAUAUUUUUCGAACAAAAUGAAUUGAUAACAUUAAAUUGUUUCUAAACAAAAUACAUGGAUAUCAUUAAAAUAUUAAAAUAAUGUAGCUUAAUUUAUAAUAAAAACACGAAAUAUUUUCUAAAGUAGUGCGAUAAAUUGUAUAAUUACAUAUAUUUAGAUAAACAAAAUCAUAUAUUUUUUUUGGUGUUGAAUAUGGCAGCUCAAUUUCGAAUCUAGAAUAGUAAUGAAAAUACUAAUAAAUAAGAUGAAAUUAGUAUACAGAUAUAUUUUGUUCAAAUGGAAAUGUACAUAUAUUUGUUUAAAUAUAUGUGCAGCGUUAAAAAAAAAUCUUAUUAAGUAUAUAAAUCAAAUAUGAUAUAUUUCAUAGUGUUUGAAAAAAAAUAUAUAAAUAUAUUGAAAAAGAAAUUGAAAAUAAUAUGGAUUUACGCGUAAAGAUUAUACGUGGUACGAAAAAAAUCAAAAAAAAAUAUAUAAAUCAUAUAAUAAUAUAAUAUAAAUAAGUGUAAAAAAGUAAACGUAUUUUAUGUAUAUACCAAUUACAUGUACGUGUAAAUGAAAACGAAACUCUAUAAAUGAUUAACAUAUAGUUAAGAAGUCAGAUAUAAGCUCACGCGAAAAAAGCGACCACAGAAUUUCUAAGCAUAAUGGAGAAAUUGAUUAUUUGCUGGGAAAAAUUUAUUUGCGUAAAAAAUCGUAAUUUACAUUUACAAAUUAAUAAGUGCAUACGUAUAUAUAGUAUUGUUUUCGGGUUUAACAAAUCGUUGAAGUUAAUAAGUUAGAUUGGUAAUAGUUUUAAGCGUGAACCGGCAAGCGUUGCAUACGUACAAUUUGAGAAUAUACCAAAAUAGUUGAUUACCGUUUGUUGAUUUCAAAAAGUUAUUGUUUACAUAUAUACAAAAAUGAAUUGAUAUGUAUGUAUGUAUAUGUCACCAUUAAAAUAAAUACAAUAUUACGAAAAGUAUAUAAAAAAACACUGUAAAUAAAAAAGCAAUAACGAACUAAGUCUUCGAAGCACAGCAUUCUACUAUGUUAUUACAAGUCAAAUGAGUAUCACACACGCAAUCAUACGUAAAUAUGAUUAAAAAGAAAUUAUGUGUAUGCAUAUGCAUUCAAAAUAUAAACAACCGUACAAAGCCAAAUAUUUUAGAAAGGUAUGUAGCAGUAAAAAUUUCCUUAAAACAAAAAAACGAUAAAGUUUGCUCUGAAGCGUUAAAUAAGAGCUGCUAAAUAAGUAAAAUAAAAAACAUGAAAAAAUGUCAAAUAGCAAUAAGAAAAGUUGCUAUAAGAAAACCAAUAUCACAAACACAUUUGAAAAAUAAUAUUUUUACCAUUAUUCCUUUAAAUAUUAUUUAAAAGUGUUAUUUUUUUUACUAUAAAAAACUUUUUUGAAUACUAAUUACGUAAAAAUAGCUGUUAAAAGCAUCGUUUGUUGGCAAUAAUAAAGUUCAACUUUCUUCUUUUCAACGUUUCCUUAAUUUGGUAAAUAUUUGUGGCAGAAUGAAAAUGCACAACACUACAUAGAUACCUUAAAGUAAGUUACAAACAUAAUGUACCCCGUAUUCAUUUAUAAAAGAAUUUUCUUCGUUGUAACACUAAUUUAUUGUAUAAGUAAAAAAUAAUUGCAACAAAAAGCCGUAGCAUAAAUGUUUUUGUUGGAAAACAUUUCGUUUAUUGGUACAGCAAGUCAUAAAGCGUGCAUUUGUAUUUAUUAAGUAGCUCUCGCAAUUUUAGUAUAUUUUGUUAUUGCUUAUAUAAAUUAACUUUGCCUUGCAAAAUUUGUAUUCAGCGUGGAAAUAGCAACAAGUGAGCAUAUAUAAUUAAGUAACUAACAAUAAAUAAGUGCAUUUUAUCACAUUAUUAUGAAUAUAUUUAACUGACGAUUUAAAGUUUAUUGUAGACAAAGCAAACACUCACAAUUAUUGUGCAUAUUAUUAAUACGCUAGCAAUUCAUUAGUGUACAUACAUAAAUUUCGUACGCUUUAUAUUUGUAGAUGUACACAUACCUUAUACUAUAUAUAUGUAUGUAUAUAUAUAUGUACAUGCUUAUAACACUAUUAAACAAAUGAAUUCUUUAUGUUUGUACACGUUUCGUCGAAGAAAAACACCGUAUUUUAUUUUGUUGUUAUUUAUUGUGAUAAUUUCUAAAUAAAAGUUAAAUCCUUUUAUUCUACUGAAUAUUACAAUGUAAAGUAAAUAAAAACUAUCCAGAGAAUUUUAAAAUUUUUAA